AUGACGGACAAAGGGACACAGUGUCAUUCGACUUAUGAACAUUACUUUGCCAAACUGUACGACGAUGUUUUCGGAAUCUACGUGAGUUUUUAUAAAAAUGAUCGCCUAAGAACCAAAUGUCUAUUCAGGAGGAAGAAUUGGUACCACUUGCUUCGAUCACGGAGUUUACGAGCACCGAAGAUCAGAAAAGGCAGCGUGUCGAGAUGGCCGAGAUGAUAAAGCUGUCGAAGCUGAAGCAGAACAUGGAUAGCCUCGCGGAAGGGAGAAAAGAGUCGGAGAAAAGCAUAGUCAUCCGUCUCGCCGACGAAGUGUUCGAGCACACGGGAAACGAGGAGAACGAGAGAAAUCCCACGCACAAAACGGGCGAUGACGCGAAGAAAGUCGUGGAGGAGCUCGAGAAGCUCUCGCUGAACAGACGCCUUCAACAGGCCUACACUCCUCUCGACAUCCAUGUGCCGAACACGCCAAGCGAUCUCCAUAUUGCUCAGUGGUGAGUGUCAUUCAAUGUUCUGCUCAAUAAAAUCCUUUGUUUUCAGGAGCUUGGGAGGACCGCUGGCUCAUCAGUACAAAUUGGUCACCCACUUGCUCGCGGUGUCCAGAAACGACUCAAAACCGCGUUUCUACGAGAUGGUCGCUCAUUAUCUUGCGGUACUAAACUCGAUUCAGUAGAACAUGAUGAACGACAAAGAAUUUUAGUUCCGGGAGAACAUGCAGUAUGCUCCGAGGAACGACGAGGAGAUCAGUUAUUUCAUCAAGGACUACACAUUCGACAAGGUUGAAGAACUGGAGAUCAUAGCCAUGUUCUAUCCGAACACGCACCCGAUGAAAACUGUGGACGACAGAGAAUUGGCCCAGGAAGGAGCUUCGUUCGCGAAGAUGUUCCUGAAGCUGAACUUUCUCACCGAGCACAAUCAGAUAUUCAAGACGUUUGUGAAGAAGUGCUUUGACAUGAAGGAAGAAGGUAUUGUUCUGCGAAGUAUCCGCUAAAAAUGAAUGUUUUCAGUGCGCAACAUGUUGGCCAGCCGCUACUUGUACAAGAGAAUGAAGGUUCUCGGAGCCCAGUUCUACUUGACCAAGUGCCUGAAGCACAACAUUUAUCGCAUCAUCUGGGAGAGAAAGUUCUACCACAUGGAUGACUACUUCGUCUGCCUCGUUCUCUUCAUGCACGACAAGGCGGGCAACAUCACCUGGGAAGAGGUGGAGGAACUUCUCUACCCGGAAGCUAAGGAUAUCAUCCGCCGCUCGUUUAUCUUGAGCAGACAGAAGAGCGUUGUGGAGUAA